AUGUCGACUGAAGAACAACAAGGUCUGAACGAAGCUAUGUCUGUGUUCAACAGAUUUUCUGCGACGAAAUCCAUCAACUUUAUUAUUAUCAAGGAAAUUAAAGAAAUAGACAGAAAAGGAAACAACAUUCAAAAGCCAACCGUAGUGAACCCGCUAUGCCAACACCGGUGUUCUUUCUGGCUUUGCCAUUGA